AGGAGUCCGGGACAGUCUGGAGGGGGACAUCAUGUAGUUCAACACACACUGUGUGACUUAAAAUAUUCAGACUUCGGUGCUUUAUCCUCCUGUUUCAUUCAACUGGAAACAUAUUGUGUUUUUGACAUCCAAACCGACAUCAUGUUCCUGCGCGGAUCUAAAAAGCGACGGUCGAACCGCUCGCAGGAGGAAGAGGACCCAGACAGAGGGCAGCCCUGUAUGCGCUGUGGGGACCAGUGCCCCGGCUUCCGGGUCCAUGGCUGGAGGAAGAUUUGCGUACACUGCAAGUGUGUGCGAGAGGAGCAUGCCGUGCGCUCGGUGCCGGGCCAGCUGGAAAAGAUGAUGACGAAGCUGGUAUCAGACUUCCAGAGACACUCCAUCUCCGACGACGACUCGGGCUGCGCCUCCGAGGAAUAUGCAUGGGUCCCACCUGGGCUCAAGCCUGAACAGGUCUACCAGUAUUUCAGCUGCUUGCCAGAGGACAGGGUGCCUUAUGUGAACAGUCCAGGGGAGAGAUACCGAAUCAAACAGCUGCUGCACCAACUUCCAGCCCACGACAGUGAGACGCAGUACUGUAACUCUCUGGACGAGGAGGAGAAGAAGGAGUUGCGUUUGUUCAGUCAGCAGCGGAAAAGAGAAAAUUUGGGCAGAGGCGUCGUCAGACUCUUCCCAGUGACUAUGACGGGAGCCAUCUGUCAGCAGUGCGGCAGGCAGAUCUGCGGCGGAGACAUAGCUGUGUUUGCCAGUCGGGCAGGACACAGCAACUGCUGGCACCCUCAGUGUUUCCAGUGUGCCACCUGCAGCGAGCUGCUCGUCGAUCUGAUCUACUUCUUCCAGGACGGACAGAUCUACUGCGGCCGGCACCACGCUGAGAGGCUCAAGCCCCGCUGCCAGGCCUGCGAUGAGAUUAUUCUGGCAGAUGAGUGUACGGAGGCAGAGGGGAGAUACUGGCACAUGAAGCACUUCUGUUGUUUUGAGUGCGAGGCCGCGCUGGGCGGUCAGCGUUACAUCAUGAGGGAGAGUCGACCGUACUGCUGCUCCUGCUACGAGUCGCUGUACGCAGAGUACUGCGACACCUGCGGAGAACACAUAGGUAUCGAUCAGGGCCAGAUGACAUAUGAGGGUCAGCACUGGCACGCUGUGGAGUCGUGUUUCUGCUGCGCCCGCUGUCGACUCCCUCUGCUGGGGCGUCCCUUCCUCCCUCGAGGGGGGCUCAUCUUCUGCUCCAGGCCCUGCUCGCUGGGCGAGGACCCCAACAACUCCGACUCCUGUGACUCAGCACUGCAGAGCAAACCGCCUCAGCACAGACGCUGUGAGACAGCAGGCAAACAGCAGCAGCCACAGUGCGGUUCUCCGCUGCAGCCACUAGAGGGCGUCAACCCUCCUAUAACUCCUGCAAAAGACUGCAUUCACACUGCAGUGGAAAACAGAGGGGUCCACUGCACUGCUCCAGUCCAAAACGGACUUCCUUCACCCAGCGGUCAUCCUCACCCAAGAGGCUCCUACUCACCUCUUCCCCACAUCCAUCUAGGGAACGGCUUAGGUCCGUCUUGGCCCAGCGACCUUCCACACUACAGUUUACUGCCAGGAGACUCAGGAGUCAAACCUUCUGUCAGUGGAGAGCUAAAUGGAAAUGCUGGACUGACUGGUCUCAAUUCAAGAGGAACCUCAACAGCUAAAGACUGUAGGAACUGGGUGGAGAGGACGAAUCAAGUUAUGCAAGUGUUUCCUCCUCAGAAAAACUCACACCUCAUCUCACCUGACUCGCCUCCCCUCCCGCCCACCAACCCCUCCAUCCUCCCCCCUCCUCUCCCCAUUAAGUCUCGUGACUUGAUGCCCCGGGACUCGCCGUCACCAAACCUCCCCCCGCCAGAGGACGGACCCUCCGACUCUCCGCCCCCGCUGACUCGCAGCGGCACAGCCAGGGUCAGCUUCAGAGAGCCAAUCAGCAGCAGCUACUCUGUCGAUGAGGACGAGGAUGAAGAUGAGAACGAGGGGGAGAUGAGAGAGGGCGAGGAGAACCAGGAGGAAGAGGAGGUGGGGGAAGGUUUCGGAAGCAGGUUGCAUCUGCAGAAAGGCAUCCCACCGCAGAUGGAUCUGCUGGAUGGAUCCUCCUACCACCAGCGGAGUCUGCGGCGAGGGUGGAGCCGCUGCCGUAUCCCCUCUGACCCUGCUCUCCACCCGGGAGCAGAGAGGCGCUCCCGACGCUCGCGGCCCGACCGUCCUCGUCUGGACGCCCUGGACUGGAAAGGGGAGAAGGACAGGGACAACCGGGGCUCCGCCAACACCUCCUCACUGACCCUGCAGCUGGGCCCGUACAAACACGAAGACUCCUGCUCCACGUGCUCUUCAUCGUCAGACUCUGAAGAAGAGGGCUUCUUCCUGGGACAGCCCAUUCCUCUCCCUCCACAGCUCAGGAAGCAGCAGCCUGAGGCGGGCAGAGACAGGGAGGGGGACGAGGACAGGGAGGUGCAGAGAGACCGAGGACUGAGAGGCAGCUUCAGGCGGAGGAGAGCUCACAGCCUUGGUGCAAAGGACAAAGAUAAAAACUGUGCUAUCUCCUAACAACAAAACACAGCAUGUUAUUUUCUAAAUUAUGGUGCACGAGCAGAACUAAUGUCCCUUCAUUACUCUGGUAUUCACGCUGUUUAUCAGCUUUAUGGUGGUGACAAAGAGUUCAACACACGGCCAGUGUUCCCGACGCACCACGGAGCAAAAGAAGCACAACAAACCUCAGAAAAAUCACUACGUUUGAGACGUUACAGUGUAGAAAAGUGAGUGUGUGAAUCAUGUAAGCAGUGAUGGAUGUGGAGUGAUUAUAGUUGCAACAUUGAAGAGAGGACUCACAUCCGUGUCACAGUUUAUUUGGACAAAAAACGGUUGUGACCCUGCAGUGAAAUACGUUUUAACGUCACUAUGAUUUACAUAUGCAAACUUACAGUAGCAGGUGUGACCAGGAACUGAGAGCUCGUUCCUCCAUCGUUGUUUCUAAAAGGAAUAUCAGAUAAAUGGUAUUUUUAACUCUUCUCUAACCCUCUUUCUGUGCUUUUAUGUGCAAUUUUUAUUAUAUUAGCUGUAUUAUAUUACAGUUAUAAAUAGUAAAUGGCCAAAUGUAAUGUACUGUCAAAGUGUUGCACAAAGGAGAAUCUGAGUGAAUACUGGAGGUUAAAGGGACAGUUUUCACCAAAAUAUAUAUGUUUCCUUUUAUCUGUAGUGCUAUUGAUCAAUCAAGAUUGUUUUGUGAGUUGCCGAUUGUUGGAGGUAUCGGCCGUAGAAAAGUCUGCCUACACUAGAUUGAUAAAUAGCACUACAGGUAAGAGUAAAAAUGUGUAUUUUAGAUUUAGGGGUGAACUUUCCCUUUAUAUUUGUUUCUUGUGUUCAAACUAAAUACUGCAAAAUGUGUAUAUGUUCACGUCUUUAAUCAAAAAAACACUUAUAGCCGUUUAUUUUUAUAUACUUGGUGUUGGUCGCUGUUCUUUCUUGUUUUAUUUCGGGUGAAAGGAAGAGAUUAUAAUUUCUUUUUUCUCUGAUUGUGAGACAGUUUUAUGGUGACAUUAAAUUUGUCUAAGUUGUU